AGAUCUAGGAAGAGGAAGUAGGUGUGUGCGGCUGUGUUAACUGGUGGGCUGGCUGGAGUACUCCUAACCUGUCAUAGAAGAAGUUUAACUGUUCCACUUAGGCGUUUCUGUCGUUUUCUUUGCAUCGUGUUUAGUUGUGGUUUUAAAAGUGGAAUCGCUUAGACUUCGACGAUCUACGACUGCCCAAGGCAUGAUUUGUACAACCUGGAUUUCUUGUUUUCGGAGCCGUUCACAUUUGCAGAAGACCGUUUGAAAUGACGUCAGUCUGCGUCAGUUAAAAUGGAGGACAGGAAUCUUCUGAGGAACUUUCGACAGGCUCCGAAACCCAGCACACCUGUGUUGGUGCUUUCCAAACUCAUCAUGCUUGCAAUACCCAUUACCCAAAUUGUUCUGGGUACGAUUUAUCUGGACAAGUGCCCUGUCCAGCCCUACAUUCCCAUUUAUGUGCUGGUUUCGGGGGUGUUCACCAUGGUCCUGUCACUGCUGUCCUGCCUGCCCUGUGCCAGGGAGAGCGAGGAGCCGCAGAACCCACUCAGCAGCAUCUGCACCGCCUGGAACUCCCUGAUGAUCCUCUUCCUCUUCUGCUGGUUCAUCGCUGGCAACGUGUGGAUCUACUCAGUAUAUGCCCCCAGCUAUGAUCCCAAUGACCUCACCCAGUACUGCCACAAGACCCUGUAUCUGUUUGCGUUCUGGUUGACCACGCUGGUGUACAUCCUGGUGGGAGUGCUCCUGGUUGGAGGCUGCUGUGCCCUCCUUUGCAUGGCUGUGUGUGGGUGGAGUGGUUUUGGAAAUAGAUUUGAUGAUGACAUCUAAGGCAGGGGUCAUAGGUCAGGGGUUGUGAGCCAUGGGUUCCAUCAUUUGCCAUGUCAAUCAAGAGUCCUGAUCCCGAGUGAUCACUAGUUGAUCGCAGUGAGCCACAGGUUUACUGUUAUUUGCUGUUGCUCAGCACUUACUUGUUCAGCUAAAGCAGCUGCUUGCAGUUAAAUUACCACCCCUGGUUUUGUGGGUCUCAAACAUUUGCUGAUUUAGUCACACUUAACAAUCAGGAUCGAUGAAUUUGCAUUGACUAAUAUAGUUGUAAACAUCAAUUAAUUGAUAUACAAGUACAUUAAUUAAGCUUGAAAUGAACUUUUAAUUAGUUCAUGUAUUUGUUAACUUCUAAUGUUUUAGUUGCAAUAUUUAUACAUUAGCAAACCAUAGGGAAAAAUGUUUUUUAGUAAACCAUUAAGAAACGCAUUAACUGUUUUUCUCAUUCCAAUAAUAAUUGUCAUUAACUAAUGUGGUUGUUGAGAUUAAUGUUGAACAAACAUAUAUCUCGUUAUUAUUGCUAAAUGACUUAUCUGUCGUUAAUUAUUUAACAAAUACAUGUAUUAAUGCAAAUUCAUGUAACUUUAUUCUAAAGUGUUAUCGCUGAUUUUAUAGGGAAAACAAAAACCAUCAGUCACUGGGGGCAGUGAAGGUUGAUUUUACUUUGUGGGAUAAUUAACCUAGAUAAUUUAUUCAGGAAUGGGAUUGGAUACCCCUGAAACAACAUGUACACCUUUGUUCAAUCUGCCUGUUGUUGAUCUACAUACUACAGCACUACAGCACUUGGCUCCCUCAUCUUCCACUUUUUCUAAACGUUUUUCUAAAGUUUAGAAAGUCGUCUGCUCCUCUGUAUUGUUUAAGGUGGAGCACCUCGCUCUCUCACAUGCCACAAUAGGCUAUGCUAGAGCCUACAAGAAUAACACAUUUUUUUAUUAUAUUGCUGCAAGAAAUGUUUGUUGAAGUUUUGAAAAUGUGUUGUUUAUGGUGAAAUGUAUAUUGCAAGGGGAAAUUAAUUUAAUCUAUGACCCUCAAAAGAGCUCAUUUUAAUAUGGCUGUGACUAUGUGAAUGUUGAUGAUUUAUAGCUCAUUUGUAUGAGAAUUUAACCACCACAGAUACACAGUUGAUUUCACUUGAUGUGCCAUGCUUAAACACCAUACUUAUGUUCCUGGCUUUCUCACAAGGCUUUCUUGAAUGUUGCAGAGAUUAUAGAAUAAAUGUCAGCAUUUGUGUGCAUGUGUACACAACCAUGCGUGCGUAUCUGCACGUGUUUGUUUGUGUGUUUGUGUGUGCGUGUGUGCUCCGUUAUUUCAGAUUAAAUGAGCUGCUCUUUCAGAGGCUACCAGGACAGAUUUUGUAAGGCUCCUGAGUCAUGGACAGUGAUGGAGGAAAGAGCACAAUCUUGCAACACAGGAAAUGAGAUAAUCGGCUACAGUUGCUUUUUCUGAUUUAAGUGUAGUUUGGUUCAGUGUUUAUCGGCAGUGUUAGUGUGAAGCUUUGUGUUUUCUGUCUUGUGCAUUUUCUACUGAUGAGAGAGAUCCUGCCCUUUAUGAUGGAUGUAAAAUAAAUUACCUGCUGUGCUAUAUAA